ACUGAAAUGGAAGAUCCAUCGAAUCUGAGCUCACAGCAAACAAAUCCAACGGCGUCGUUCAGGCCGAGUCACCACCGGCGAGCUCACUCAGAGGUGAACUUCAGGCUAUCGGAGGACCUAGAUCUGGUGUCGGACCCCUUUGAUGCGCCUUCGGAGAGUUUCGAAGAGAUGGGAUCGGAGGUCGAUCUCUUCUCCACUUCAUGGACAUCGAGAAGCUUGGAUCCAGCCUGAACGACGGCGUUUCGGGCAAUGAUAAGUAAAAAUUUACCUUGUCGACGAUAGUCGGAGAGA